UGGACUCGUCCAACAAGAAACACAAUUUUUAGUCAUCGUCGGAUCGAAAAUUUUUUCUUCCUCUCACCAGCCCGCUCCGCCGCCGCCGCCAUGGAAGAACCGCCCUACCUCCCAAUCCCACCAGCAUCCCGAUCCUACUUCAACAGAUUCACAAAACAAGACUUCUUCCCUUCCCAAUCCUUCCAAACCCUCUCCUCCUACAAACUCGCCCUCUCCCAGACCCUCCCCCGCCUUCGCAACCGCCUCGCCGCCCGCUCCACCGACUCCACCGAGCUCACCACCCUCAAAGCCCACAGCGAGAACCCCAUGCACCGCUGCCUCACCUGGUGGGACCUCAUCUGGCUCGCCUUCGGCUCCGUCGUCGGCUCCGGCAUCUUCGUCAUCACCGGCCAGGAAGCCCACGACCACGCCGGCCCCGCCGUCUCCCUCUCCUACGCCGUCUCCGGCCUCUCCGCUCUCCUCUCCGUCUUCUGCUACGCCGAAUUCGCCGUCGAGAUCCCCGCCGCCGGCGGGUCCUUCUCCUACCUCCGCGUCGAGCUCGGCGACUUCCUCGCUUUUGUCGCCGCCGGGAAUAUCCUCCUCGAGGCCGUCGUCGGCGCCGCCGGACUGGGUCGGUCUUGGUCGUCAUACUUCGCCAGUAUAAUCAAACCCGACAACACCGACUUUCUUCGGAUUCGAAUCAAUAAAUUUGCUCCAGGUUUCAAUCUCUUAGACCCUACGGCUGUUGGAAUUUUAGUGAUCACUAAUACCAUAGCUAUGACUGGUACAAAGAGAACAUCGUGUUUGAAUUGGAUUAGCUCUAUAAUAAGUGCAUCGGUUAUAGUUUUUAUAAUAGUAAUGGGAUUUGUUCAUUCAAAGAGCUCAAAUUUGACCCCAUUUUUCCCAUAUGGGGCUGAAGGGGUUUUUGAAGCUGCAGCAGUUGUGUACUGGUCUUACACCGGUUUCGACAUGGUUGCAACCAUGGCAGAAGAAACCAAGAACCCAUCUAGAGAUAUACCAAUUGGGUUAGUGGGUUCAAUGUCUGUGAUAACUGUGGUGUAUUUCUUGAUGGCAUUGGCACUAACCAUGAUGGUGAAAUAUACGGAGAUAGAUGUAAAUGCAGCCUAUUCGGUUGCAUUUGAUAGAAUUGGUAUGAACUGGGCUAAGUAUGUGGUGAGCAUUUGUGCUCUGAAGGGAAUGACUACAAGUUUGCUAGUUGGGUCAAUGGGACAAGCACGAUACACAACUCAAAUCGCAAGGGCUCAUAUGAUUCCGCCCUGGUUCGCUCUCGUUCAUCCCAAAACGGGGACCCCCAUCAAUGCGACUCUGUUGGUAACGUUAAUUAGUUGUGUUGUUGCCUUUUUCUCUAGCUUGGAUGUGUUGUCGAGCGUUCUUUCGUUUAGUACGCUCUUCAUUUUCAUGCUUAUGGCUGUUGCAUUGCUUGUGAGGCGAUAUUAUGUGAAGGAUGUCACUCCAAAGAAUGAACUGGGGAAAUUUAUCGCGUGUUUGUUUGUUAUUAUUGGCUCGUCAAUUGGAGUAACAGCUCUUUGGAAUUCAAAUAGUAGAGGAUGGAUUGGGUACACGGUCGCGGGUCUGUUUUGGUUUGUGGGUACUUUGGGCAUGAUGCUGCUUCCUAAGCAGAGAGUUCCAAAGGUAUGGGGGGUUCCGCUUGUUCCGUGGUUGCCGUCUUUGUCCAUUGGGAUGAAUCUGUUUCUUAUCGGAUCACUGGGUCGGGUGGCAUUUUUCAGGUUCUUCAUAUGCAGUGCCGUGAUGCUUCUUUACUAUCUGUUUGUUGGUCUCCAUGCUACUUAUGAUCUUGCUUAUCAGGAUCGACAAGAAUCGAAACUUGGAGAUGGAAAAGGAAAUGACAAUCAAGUGACAGCAUCCUAGUAUUACUCUCAUUCUUCGAUUGUAGUUGACAUUGCAUGUGAUGGAGACGAAAAACAACCAACAUACUACUAGAUUUACUGUGCAUUCAAAAGAAAAUGUAUAUUCCUACCCUGUUCCUAUCCGAUUUUUGCCAUCUCGUAAUUAAUACAAUGUACAUCAAUUUUCUGAU